AAGGCAGUCGGUAACUUUGAAAAGAGGUUUGUCUUGGAGUGCGGCAGCUGCGAGUCUAUCAAGGGAGAAAAGUAUCUUUGACCAUGGUGCAGCAGACGGAGCACAGCGAGACGGAGAGCAGCAUGUCGCGAGAGACCACAGACACCGAGGAGAACGAACUGAUGGCGGGCAGCCCGGUGCCACCGAAACCGGACUGGUGCAAGACAGCCACCGGCCACAUUAAACGACCUAUGAAUGCCUUUAUGGUGUGGUCCAAGAUCGAGAGGAGAAAAAUCAUGGAACAGUCUCCGGACAUGCACAAUGCCGAGAUCUCCAAAAGACUUGGGAAGCGGUGGAAAAUGCUGAAGGACAGUGAAAAGAUUCCCUUUAUCCGCGAAGCCGAGCGGCUCCGGCUGCAACACAUGGCUGACUACCCCGACUACAAAUACAGACCCAAGAAAAAACCAAAGCUCGACAGUUCUUCGAAACCAGCGGUGCAGUCACCGGAGAAGAUCGGCAAAAGUGUCAAAGCUGCAGGGAAGAAGUGCGCCAAACUCAAGCCCAGCAAACCGGGGAACAUUACCGCGAGGGCUUCUUCGCAAGACUGCAGAUACAACUAUGUUUUCACAAACUUAAAAGUGACCAAGUCUAUCAAAAGGGAACUUACUGACGACGAAGACGACGAUGACGACGACGACGAGGAGGAUGACUACGAGGACGAGGAGCACAUCAGGCUGCACAACGUCCCCGCCAGCCCCACGCUGAGCUCCGCUGCGGAGUCCGAGGGCGCAAGCAUGUACGAGGAGUCCAGGCACACGGGCGCAGUUCCCGGCAGCAGACUGUUUUACAACUUCAAGAACAUUACCAAGCAGAGCGCAGCUUACCCUGCCUCGGUGUCACCAGCAUCCUCUUUCAGGUCCGUCUCUUCUUCGUCCAGCAGCUCCAGCGAGGACUCCGACGACUUGCUGGUGGACUUCAGUUUGAACUUAGCGGCGGGCUCUCACACGACGGACUUGGGCAACACUUCAGGAAACCUUUGUCUCUCUCUGGUGGAUAAAGAUUUGGACUCUUUCAGCGAGGGCAGCCUCGGUUCUCACUUUGAGUUCCCGGACUAUUGCACUCCCGAGCUCAGUGAGAUGAUCGCGGGAGACUGGCUGGAGGCGAACUUUUCAGACCUGGUUUUCACUUACUAACUGACAAACUCCUCCACAACCAAGGAGGCAUCUCGCAUCUUCAGGUUAUUUUUUGACUCUGCCUCUGUGGUUGUCUCGGUUAAGACGGCGGAACCUGCGUUACGAGACUUGUAAGGAAAAAAAAAAAGUGACAACAUGGUCAACAUUGACAGGGCUGUGUGUGUAUGGCAAGCGCUUUUAACAUGUAUUCCUUAAAACUACAUAGCUUCUACUUUUAUCUGACAAGCAGUUGUUUUUAUCCUUGUAAGCCAUUAGUUGGUGUUUUUUUUUUUUUUUUUUUUUUCUUUUUUUUUUUUUUCUUUUUCUUUUUCUUUUCAGUUCGCUAGGAAUUUUACUUAUUUCCUUGCUGCUAGUCACUAUCCCAGUAGUAACAAAAUAAUAUUCUGCUGGUAACAAAUUGUAUCUUUUUUUCAACAAACUAUUUCCUAUGUCUUGCAAUUGCUGGCAUAUGUUCCAGUUUUGCUAGUACUAACUGAGAAGGCUCUAGUACCUGAUUAUUUCAGUUAGUACUAGUAUAGGAUAGUGACUAGUAGGAAUGUGUAUAUAAUAGUGAAAUUGAGAAGCUAGCCACUAUUACUUACUAGUAACUAAAAUAAGUGCUAGUCACAUGAAAAGGGAUACCAGUUAGUUUAAAGCAAUAAAUGUUAAAGUAGCUUGCCAUAUUAUGUGGUUAUUCUGUGCGGUUUGCAGUGAAACUGCUCAAACUGUGGUGGAGCGCAAAAUGUAAAAUCUGAACUAUGCAUUCCCAUCCCACCCAUAUCUCUACAGGAAACUGGCAAACGGUUGCUGGACCGAAUGGAGGCAAUUCUGAAACACUGUUCAGGAUGGAACUUUUUCUGAGAUCGUAUGUAAUUUCUGUACGCCACAAAUGUUUCUUUUUUUGUGUGUGUAACUGGUUCCGUUUCCCUCCAAGAAUGGGAAUAUUUAAGCAGAUAACCACUCUAGAACACACAGGUAUGGCAGGAAGCAUUUUGAUACAUGACCAACAUACCUCAUCUUUUUAAAAAAAAAAAAGUAAAAUAUUUUCUGGCAUAUUUUUGUACAGUUAAAGGGAAUGUUCUUACUGUGCUUUAAGUGAGGUUUCUUCAGGCACUUCAACCCGGUUUCAUUUGUAAAAGCAUGCAAGAAUUAAACUGAGAAGUCGACUUGCAUUUAAAUGCCUGGUUAUUAUUUUACUCAAGGCAAAUGUACAGCUGUAGAUCUGAAGCGUUUCUAUAGGGAAGUGUACAAUGGAAUUGGGGGAACACAUGAGCCUCAUUUCUGGUACUAGAUUGAAGAUUGUAUAUGUUCUGUAAUAUAGUAAAGCUAGGAGUUUAUGUAUAUCUGUGUGAAUGGGUCCCAAAUAGCAGGUGUAAAACUGGAUUUUGUUUUGCUUUUUUUUUUUUUUUUUUUUUUUUUUUUUUUUUUUUU